AUGACUCCGGCGGCGCCUCUGUCCCCGCUCGAAGAUGACGAUCUCCUCCACGAGAUCCUGCUCCGCCUUCCGCCGCAGCCAUGCUCCCUCCCACGCGCCUCCGCAGUCUGCAGGCGCUGGCUAGGGCUCAUUACCGACCGCAAGUUCACCGCCCGCUUCCGCGCUCACCACCGGAAGCCGCCCCUUCUCGGCGUCUUUCAUCGCAGCGACAGCCAGGGGAUCGCGUUCACCCCACUCCUCGACCCUCCUCACCGCAUCCCUACCCUGCGAAUCGACCUGCGACGACGCUACAAAGAUUACAACGUCCUCAGUUGCCGCCACGGUCGCGUCCUCGCCAUGAACCCGCGGCAUACAAAGCUCCUCGUGUGCGACCCCAUCACCGGCAAGCGGUGCCGCGUGGCCGUUCCACGGGUGUUCAGCCAGUUCAGGCAGUCUAGAGGGUCGGUACUCUGCGAUGACCGCGCCCAGUACCACGUGCACGGUGGCUGCCACUCCGGCCAUUUCAAAGUGGUCUUGAUGACGGAGCACACAGAGGGUUUUAUACCCAUCGCCUGUAUUUACUCCUCGAAAACUAAAACAUGGGGCAAGAUCAUGUCAACAGCAGCUCCAUCUGAGCAUCGUUAUUAUGGCUAUGAUUUUCCUGGCGUACUUAUUGGUAAUGCACUCUACUGGUUGCUGUCAGUUGGCAUGGGCAGGGACAUGCUUGUGCUUGAUUUGUAUGAGCAGAGUCUGGCUGUGAUCGCGUGGCCUCUCAUUACAAGUGAGUUCCAAUCUGGGUACCGUCGGAUUGUCGAGGCUGAGGAUGGCGCUGUUGGGCUAGCCAUAUUGUCGUACCCGCGCUUUCGGAUUUGGCAGAGGAAUGCUAAUCUUCAUGGCGUUUCCACAUGGGAGAUAUGGAAGACCAUCGACAUGAACAACAUUCCUGGGAUCCCGCGGAACGUGGCCAAUUACGAGUAA